CUUCCUCCCUUUCAUGUUCCUUUCCCCUCUCCCCACGGGUGUUCCCGCACCCAAUGACAGGCUUCGCACUGGAUGUUUGUUAUGCGUCUCGGCGCGUCCAGAAAACUGAUCCAGUGUCUCAUCUGUCCAUUGUCACAGUAUCCCCCUCCCGGCCUUCUGACUGGCUGGUGCAUACUCUAUUCUCCCUUUUGUUUUGUAUAUUUCUUUCCCCCCAUCCCGUUGACGUCCUCGAGCACAGUUCUCAGCUCAUCACCUCAAAUCCCAGGAAGAAAAUAAAAUGGGCCGAAAGCGCAAGUCUGAAGGCGCUGCCGAUAGCAAUCCACCAAAGAGACCUGCAAUUGAUCCUUACACGGGCGAGCCUAGGAAAAGAGGUCGUCCCAGAAAGUAUCCCCCUGGUCAAGAGCCACCACCUCCUCCGGGUCCCAAAAGGGGCAGAGGCCGACCUCGGAAGGACGGGACCAUCAGAUCCCCUAACUCGGCACCCGAAACGCCCCAGGGCCCAAAGCGGCCAGUCGGGAGACCCAGGAAGACUUCCGUACAGAAUGGAACCGAGACACCAUCGCAACCGAUACACUCAGAAUCGGAAGAGUCGAAAGUUGCAGAUGAGGAGAGUGACCAGUCAUAUUGGUUGAUGAAGGCAGAGCCUGAGUCGCGCAUUGAAAAAGGAGUUGAUGUCAAGUUCUCCGUUGACGAUCUGCAAGCGGCCGAGAAGCCAGAGCCGUGGGAUGGCGUCCGCAACCCCGUCGCACGGAAUCACAUUCGGGCGAUGAAGAAGGGCGAUUACGCUUUUUUCUACCACUCCAACUGCAAAGUGCCGGGAGUCGUGGGCAUGAUGGAGAUCGUCCAAGAGCACACACCAGAUGAGUCUGCAUUCGACCCUGCUCACCCGUACUACGACCCAAAGUCGAAGAGAGACAACCCGAAAUGGGAAGUCGUUCACGUCGAAUUCCGUCGCAAAUUCAAGAAGAUGGUUACACUCAAUGAGCUCAAGGUUCAUGCGAAGCCCGGCGGUCCUCUCGAGGAUCUACAGGUCCUGAAGCAGACUCGACUCAGCGUUUCCUCCGUGACGCCGGCACAAUGGAAGUUCAUUCUGGGGUUGGCGGGCGAGUCGUCGGAGUCCGCGGAAUAAAUGGUACAGAGUAUGUAUUUGAAGUUGUCUUGGCUCGCUGGUAUAAAUCAAGGGUGCAUUGGUCAUUGGGAUGUUUUAUUUGUACAUUUCAUAGGUCAUUAUCUUCUGGUACUGAAUGCGACAGGUUCGCAUCAUGGG